UUAUAACUGGAACCGCAAGUAUAGUUCGUCUGCUUAUGAUGAAAUUUGACAACCUGCGGUUUUUCCUUUUUCCUUGACAUUUCUCUUUUUUAUCGUCCUACUUUUCACGUUGUUUAAUUAUUUAUUUUCCCACACAAAUUUAAAAAAAACUAGUCUUGACAUUAUGUUAUCACUAAGUUUUUGGAUGUCUAAUUUAAAUUCUUUAUAUUUCUACACAUAUUACAAGUGAAAGUAUUCUUCAAAUCCCCAAACAUCAAAUAAUUAUCUUCAAAGCUUGGCUUGUUGGAAUUUUAAAAUGAAAUUAGUAAUUUCAUCUCUACCUUAAAAGGAUGAACUGAAAAAGUGUGCAAUAUCAAAUCAAUUUUAAAAUUUAAGUUAUGUGGUUCCUUUACAAGCUUAAAAUGAUUGACUUUUCAUCUCUAAUCGAUUUAUUUUAAAAAAUGAUCCAACUACUAUUUUAAGAGAAAGAGAACUUUUUAAACCUAGAUUCAUUUGAAUCAUAAACUAUUAAAAAAUGCCUGCAUUGAUAUUCUUCAAGAGGAAAUGGCUGAUUGCUGAUGAUGACUUAGUAAUACCAUUUGCUGUUGAAGCCUUCAUAAGAUUAAUGUGGCUAUCAACUUCAUUAGCAAUUACUUGGCUGAAUAUCAAAAACUGCAAUGACUCAGAUCUUCUAAAUUAUUUUCUUUUUGUAAUUAUUGGAGAUCUUUCUGUUUCUGCAAUUGUUUCUUUUGCUGUUUGUUUUGUUAGUUCUAGAGGCUCAGUUAUGGAGGUGCACAAAAGAAGUGGUUUAACUAAAGUUUUAUAUAUUAAAGUGGUUACUGUACUAGUAGAGAUUGGUUUAGCCUCGUGUGUAAUUUGGUUCUGGUUCGAAAUGGAUAGAAAGUGUGUUGUAAAAGAGCUUUUCGUCAAAGUAACUACUGUUGCUGCUUGGAUUUAUAUUUUAAUGUUAACUAUGGGUAUAAUAGUUGGUUAUGAUUCACUUGGCUCUUCAAAAUAUUGGAAUAAAGAGCAAAACUCUAAUUCACUCAAUUUUUUUAAGAAAGCUAAAUCUAUCUGGAAGUUCCGGUUAAAACUUUUUUGCUGUUGUGCAGAUAUUGGUAAUCGAAGUGAUUUCAUUUAUGUUGAAAUCUCCUCCUUCUUAGCUUCUUUCUUAAAGGGUAUUGAUCUUGUUCCUACUGAUAUUUUAGCUGGUAUCAUUACUUUAAGUCAGAAGCAUGCUUUAGAAAGGAGGCUGCAUUUACCCAACAUGCAACACUCAGUAAAAUCAGAUACUUGGUUAAGUUCGAAAUCAACUCCAGAAUGGAUGACACCAGAAAAUGCUCUCUACUAUUUAAGGAUUGCAAAAAGCACUUAUGGCUGGCUUGCAUUUUUUGAUACUUUUCGACCAUGGAAUAUUCUUAAACUUGCAUCACCUACAAAGUGUUGUGAAAAUGAUUCCAGCAAAAUAGACAGCUGUUGUUAUUGCAACUUUGCUGCAGUGCAAAAAAUAACCAAGUUUUCUGACUCUGACAUUGUGUAUGCCUCCUUUGAAAAUAACAUCUAUGAACCAGCCUUCUACGUUGCUUUAGAUCACCAGAAAAAAUCCAUUAUCAUUGCAAUUCGUGGUACAGGGUCCUUUUCUGACAUAAUCACCGACAUAGACGCAGAACCUCUGUGCCUGCCAUCUGAAGAUAGACCUUUCGUAAAAUGCCAUCGAGGUGCUCUACGAAGUGCAGUGUACAUACAAAAGAAAAUUGAUGACACAAACGUUCUUGUUGUAACUAUCAAUGAAAAUCCUUCCUACACACUUGUCGUAACUGGACAUAGUUUGGGUGGUAGCACAGCGGCUGUGUUGGGAUUCCUAUUGAAGCCUAAAUACCCAAAUCUGCAGUGCUAUAUUUAUGGACCUAUGGGCACAAUAUCAUUCUCUGGAUUAGAAGAUAGCUUAGAUUUUAUUUUCACUGUUGUUGUGGGAGAUGAUAUGUCGCCCCGGUUAUGUGGUGAGGCAGGAAGGAAGCUCAGGAAAGAAAUAAUUGAAUCUCUGAAAGAAUGUAAAGUUCCAAAGUAUAGACUGCUGAUGGCAGCUUGUUGGUAUCAUGUUGCAAAAUAUUUCAGUAGCAAACCUAAGACAUCUGUUCGAGAAGUUCAUGAUAACCUACAUUUUGUAAAUGAGGAAGGCAUAGACCAAGAUUCCAGCCUUGAUGUUAUUUAUUGUAAAUCCCAUUUAUUUGCACCUGGUCGAAUACUUUACUUUGAAAAAAACAACUGGAGUAAACCAGUUUGGGUAACAGGAGUCAACUUUCACAAAAUAAUUGUGAAUCCAGAUAUGUUUUCUGAUCAUCAGCCUCAUAAAAUACAGAUUAUGUUGGAGAGGUUCAUGGAAGACAUGAAUAUUACUGCAAAUGCAACAGAAUAAUCCUCUAAACUUUUACAUGUGUUACGUUUUUAAUUUGUUUUAAUUUAUUGAUACCUUUUUAACUGCUUCCACCUAUUUUACACUUUUAUACGAACAAAUAAAAUAUAUUUUAAUUA